GCUGAGAGACCAUCAUUGCCAGGACUAACACAGGCCAUCAAGCCUCCUGUUAUUUCUAAACUGAAACUGAAACAACUAUUUAAACGUUACCGCGGAAUAUGAAAGGUACGGGUUUUCCGAUCUAAUGGUCCCCACACUCUACUCGAUAUCUCACUAGUGUAGUGACUUUUUCAAUGGAGUCGGUUAAAGAGAUAGGACCAUCAAGUUUUCAACACUUCCUAUCUCAGAGUAUUGCCAGUUGGGAUCCAGAACAUAGAGCGAACGAAGUUCCGGCUAGUAGUGACUGUCUUCUCCGAAUAACUAAAGACUUACGUUCCAUUUGCAACGAUCCAGCUCCUGGAAUAUGUGUCGUACCUGACAAUGAGGAUAUGACAAAAAUAUACGCAUUGAUCACAGGUCCCUUCGAUACACCAUAUGAAGGUGGUUUUUUCUUGUUUCUUAUACGAUGUCCACCCGAAUAUCCACUGAUGCCGCCGAAGGUGAAGUUAAUGACUACUGGGAAUGGUACUGUCAGAUUUAAUCCAAAUUUCUAUUCCAACGGGAAGGUUUGUCUAAGUGUUCUCGGUACUUGGCAAGGUCCCGAAUGGACACCAGCACAAAGCCUAUCCUCAGUUUUAAUAUCAAUUCAAUCUCUGAUGAACGAUAAACCGUAUUUUAAUGAGCCUGGAUUCACCACUGAACGUAGCCCGGGUGAUGCUCAACAAUACAAUGCAAUAAUUACACAUGAAACUAUUCGAUGUGCAGUUUGUGAUGUAUUAGAGCGUCGUACAACAUUUCCUUCAGAUUUAUACGCGGUAGUAGAAUCUAGUUUUGAGGAUUAUUACGAAUAUUAUAUUAGCGUUUGUGAACGAAAUAUGCAUUUGUCAGGUCAACCUAUGGUUGAUCCUUUCGAAGAUGGACGAGGAAUCUUCGAUUAUGCCAGUCUAUUAAAGCGUUUAAAGGCUUUAAACAGUCAAUUAAAACAAAGGCAUUCUGGAACAGACGACGCCAAUGUGAGGGGCAUGUCCAGAGAAGACAAAUGACUAUCUAUACAGUCAUAACAAUGAAUUCUGGACUACAAAUGACUACUAAUCCGGAAGAACAUGGAAUAUUUUGUUGUAUAUCACCAAGUUUAUCUUAAGUCUAGUUAACUUUAUUCCUACCACUUUUUCUUUCCAAGAGUCUCCUUUUUGAUAAAGUAAACAUUUAUCUUGAUCUAUCCAUUUUAAUUUGAUUGUUUUCCAUUCUCCUUUACGAUUUUAUUUUCUCAUUUCGUUAUUACUGUUAUUGCUUAUGAAGUGCGAAAUGAUGUUGAACAUGUGUAAAAUGUUUUAGAAAUGAAGGAUCAGUAAUGUGCGUUGUAGUUUGAUUCAUGUCACCCAUUGGUGUGUUAUGGCUUCCCCUAUUGCGACCCAGCUACUCUUAUUGCUUAGUAACCUUGGACACUACUUCACUUGACAGGUCCCCAAACUAGAACACGGUUGAACAGAAAAGUAAUUAUAUU